CUGUGAUCUCGCAAAGUCGAAGCCACGGUGUCGUAACUGAACCGAUCUCGUUGCUUCGUGCUACUACAGAAUGUACAAACAUGGCAUCGGUAGCCGCAUUCGGUCUUUAUUUAGGCAACACCUCAGCCUGUUUGGCGAUAUUUAAGGAUGACAACGUUGAUGUCGUCGCAAACGAAGCCGGUGAGCGAGUCACCGCGGCUGUGGUCGCCUUCAACGAAACCGAAGAGGUGAUCGGCUUGGCAGCCAAGGCCGGUCUUUUCAGGAAUGGUCCGAUCUCUGUAUUGAAUAACAAGAGAUUGAUGAAUAAAAAUAUGGACGAGACGGAGCUAGAGUUAGCAGUAAAGAGUAGCACCUGUAAAAUAAUAAAGGAGAAAGACACAGUACAAUAUUUAAUAAAGAGGAAUGAAAGGAUGGAGAAAAUACUCCCUGUCGAAGUCGCAACUAGAAUAUUUGAGGCCAUGUACAGUAUUUCUACUACCGCCGCACAUGACGACAAUGAGCACAACGUCGUGCUUUGCGUUCCGCUCAGAUUUAAUCCUGCUAGCAUUCAAAUGUGGAGCAAAUCUGCCUCCUCUGCUGGGUUCAGAGUUCUACAAGUUAUUAGCGAACCUGCUGCCGCCUGUUUGGCCUAUGGGAUUGGUCAGGACAGAAAGGAAUCAGGAUACGUGCUAGUCUACAGAAUAGGAGGUGUGAGCAGUGAGAUCACGUUGGUCAAAGUAGUCAGUGGCAUAUACCAGAUUGUAUCGACGUCGUACUACCACGAUUUGGGUGGUAAUAAGCUGACGAAAAUUUUAGCCGAAUAUUUGGCAGGUGAAUUUAUGAGUAAAUGGAAAUUGGACCCAAUGGAAAGCAGGCGAUCAAUGUCAAAGUUGAAUAUAGCGGCAGAGACGUGUAAACAUGUUUUGUCGACAAUGUCGACAGCGCACUGUUUCGUCGAAUCUUUGUGCGACGGAGUUGAUUUUAGUUAUAAUAUAACUAGAGCUCGUUUUGAGAACUUGAUAAAUUCAAACAUAUCGGAGUAUAUCGCGCCCAUCGAUAAAAUACUGAAAGAAACAAAACUGAGCACGGAUGAUAUAAGCAAGAUCAUACUCAGCGGGGGUACAAUGAAGAUUCCCAAACUUCAGGAGAAAAUUGGCACCCUUUUCUCCAACGGCGAAGUGUGCAGUGGAAAAUGGAGCCCUGACGAAUGUAUGGCGAUAGGCGCGGCUAUGCAGUCAGCCCUUCUGCUUUCCCAUGGAAUGUGGGACGAGAGUUUACAAUCUACAAACAUGGAAGUAAACGCCCUGCAGAAACCCCUUUACAUACAAAUUGAGGAACUCAAACCUAUUAUUAUACCGGCAAAAACAGUCGUACCUAUAAAGCUACAAACACGUAUUGAAGUACCUGAGGUUAAAGAUGGAAAAAUAAACAUCAAAAUAUACGAACAAGACUCGGAGGAUGCAGCAAGCCAAAAAAAAAUCGGACUGAUUUGCAUACCGGCUGAAAGUGGAGCUCAGCUGAAAGUCGAUACAGAUUUAACAGAGGCCAGUUUAAAUGUAAAUAUAACUGAUGCUAAGUCUGGCCAAAAAUCAUCAUUUCGUUUUGGCAUACACGAAGAUGACUCCUAACUAAAGUUUACCAUCUAGAGCUUUAACUUAUGUAAUUAUAUUAUUAACUAUCCUUAAUUAUUGUUGACAUUUUAAUAAAUUCAGCAAUCAUUUCGUAAGAAAAAUGUUCGUUUGCCUGAAAUUAAAAAAUUAUUAGAUAUUAAAAUAAUUUCUUCACCUCAGAACGAUGAUAAAUUUUUGGUAUCGGAACAGUGUAAU